AUCUAUUUGGAGAUCCGGAUCUGGUUCUGGUCCUUUGGGAUGUUCGAUGUGGAAACGCAUCAUGAAGGAGGAAGACUCAUUCUGGAAAUCUGCUCAUAUCAGUCCCGGGGGAGGUGCCUGGGUUUCUUUUUGGAACGAUUGCUGGUGGCCGGGAAUGAUUCUUAAAGAUGCUUAUCCCAGAGUUGCGGCCGCCUCCAUGUUCCAAGAAGCUUGGGUGUCCAAUAUCGUAUCCUUUGAGAGUGAGGGUGUGGGGUGGGAUUUGCAACUGUCUAUUUCCUUGAGGGGUGGGGCUGAGAGAGAGAGGCUUAGUUUGCUGCAUUAUCUGUCACUUUUACCUCUUGAUUUGAUUACUACAGGUCCGGCUAAGCUUAUCUGGAAUUCUUGUUCAAAUGGUGGCUUUUCGGUGAAGUCCAUGUAUGACACCCUCAAUAAUGCUAGGUUCCAUGGCAUCAUCGACUUCCCAUGCAAGGUGAUUUGGCAGCCAUUUGUUCCCAUGAAGGUGAACGCUUUCCUUUGGCUUCUCAGGCAUGGACGAGUUCUUACUCACGAAAAUCUGAAGAGAAGAGGUUGGAGCCUCGCAAGCAUGUGUCUACUCUGCAAGGCGGCGGAGGAAAAUAUCAACCAUCUUUUUUGGUCGUGUCCCUUUAGCUGCAGCAUUUGGAACGUCCUUCAGCAGAUGGUAGAGAUCACUGGUCCGCUACACGCCGAUGUUGCUGCUAUCAUUGACGGGUGGAAUAUUCACACUCAGGUCGACUGGAAGCGUCGGUUCGUCCGUGGCAUUUUUCAUGCAUUCACUUGGGAGAUUUGGAGGGAAAGAAAUUCUAGAACUUUCCAUGAUAAGUCGAGACACUGGAGGGUCAUCUUCCACAAGAUUUGCAGGACCAUCCUCACCUGGGUUUUGGCGUCUGGGGUCUUAAAUGAUGAUCAGCAGGUGGAGUGGCUAUCCCAGAUGAAUCAUCUUUGUCCGCUGGUUGCUUUAAGGGAUGCCCGCAGCUCUGGUUUUCCUGGGUUCCAGGAGGAAGGAUGAGCUUGGGUGUUGGGCCGCGAGUGAUCAGUGACGGGAGAGAGACUGUUGUGAGCUGCUGCUGUCUUUGUGCCUGCUCUUGGGCCGCUGUCGUUUGUUCGUCUGAAGUGUUUAGAUGUUGUUUUCUUGUUCUCUGGUUUGCCCAGUAUCCUUUUUCUUCUUUUUUUGUUUCGCUUAGGUUGCACUGCUUGUGCUCCUGUUCUGUUGUCUGGUUUUCAUUGUUUUUUGUUUUGAACUGGGACUUGUUCUCUUUUU